ACUCAAGAAUCGCUUUACACACCACUUCCAUCUCCCGUUCAUCAACGUCAAUCAUCCAACAUGGGUAAGGUUCACGGCUCUCUCGCCCGUGCCGGUAAGGUCAAGGCUGCUACUCCUAAGGUCGAGCCCCAGGAGAAGAAGAAGAACCCCAAGGGUCGCGCCUACAAGCGUGUGCUCUACACUCGCCGUUUCGUCAACGUUACCAUGACCGGUGGCAAGCGCAAGAUGAACCCCAACCCCGGCCAAUAAAUUAUUCAAGUCGUUAAAACAACCAACUGAGCCGCGAUCGGCUAGUCGAGUUCUACGAUGAAAAUCUUCGCAUAACCACGGCACGACCACGGCCCAAACGAACGAAAGCACACCAGAUACGGCUGGUACUUGUACGGAUGAUAUCACGCUUCUUCGUCUUCACUUGAAUUUUUUUUGCUGGUAACGGAUGGGUUAUUUGGAGGUU